GUCGUGACGCGGGCCCCGGGGGCGGGGGCGGCGUUCCCGCUGUUCGCUGGACUGGGUGUCAUUGGGCUCCGAGGAGCGGCGGCCGGGGCACUGCGGGGUGUCUGGUGUCGGGCACGGCCAUGGCGGGCGCGCUGGUGCGGAAAGCGGCGGACUAUGUCCGGAGCAAGGACUUUCGGGACUACCUCAUGAGUCACUUGCAUCACGUUUCUGCGGGACAGCUUCCCUCUGAGGCUUCAGCGUUAGACCGUGUCGUGAAACGGAGUACGGUAAGAAAAUUGUUCUCCUUCAUUUCAGGCUUUUGCAGACUUUCUGCACUAACAGAGCACUUCUGGGGCCCUGUAGCCAACUGGGGUCUUCCCAUUGCUGCCAUCAAUGACAUGAAAAAGUCUCCAGAGAUUAUCAGUGGGCGGAUGACAUUUGCUCUCUGCUGUUACUCCUUGACGUUCAUGAGAUUUGCCUACAAGGUGCAGCCUCGAAACUGGCUUCUCUUCGCCUGCCACGCCACAAACGAAGUCGCCCAGCUCAUUCAGGGGAGUCGCCUCAUCAAAUACGAGAUGACUAAAAAGGCAUCGGCAUAACAAGGGAAAAUGAAAAACCAGCUGUUGGAAGGGAAGCUAUGCCGCUGCUGAGUCAGUCUGCCUCACGAUAGGCUCGCUAAGGAAAACAGGCUGGCUGCUAUUUUUACUAACCAGUUUUUCUAGAAAUAGCUGAGAGUCCCGAAGCCAACUCUCUGCUGCCUUACAAGUACCGAAUAUUUUACUUGUCUUCAUAAAGAGUAGCUCAAAAUAUGCAAUCAAUUUAGUAAUUCCCGAUGAUGGUUUUAUCUGCGGUAAUAUGUAUAGUACCUGUUAGAACUUAAUGAAAAACCGAAGAGAACAUCGUUUGUAAUUAUUAGCAUUUAAGUACUCAGAAUUCUUAACUGUAAUGACCACGAGACCGACGGCUGGCCACAUACUCCAAUCUCAUUGCCAAUGUUUUGAAAAAGUGUGUAUUUCCGUGCAGUGUGUAUACUGAGCUGCUGGAACUUAAUGGCAAUAAAUGAUUUAAAUAUUUGUCAAA